AUGCGAGCCAUAGAGAGUCUUUCCCCUCAGGAGAUCAUUGACUUCAUACAGGAUGGAGAUGCAGACCUCUUCAUUAGGGAGGGGGACUAUAUGACUUAUAUCCAGAUGUACCUCAUCCCUCCUUUGACAGGUCACACCUCUAUAGACAGGACUGGCGGCGACAGAAACAGGACCAUCAGCGCCCCCUCCAGCAGUAGGGAGAGAGAGAGAGAGGUUCUGGCACGUAGUCGAGAGAGGCAUCGGGAGCCCAUCAUGCGUGAUGACGAUGAUGAGACCAGCGAGACCGAGAUCGAGGAGGGCAGGGAUCAGCACACCGAGUCAUCCGAAAGCAGAGAUGAGGAUGUUGGCUCAGGUUCUACAAGUGGAGAUGAGGUUGAGCUAGGUUCAUAUACAGAGGAUGACGACUCCGAUUUUGAUUCUUCAUUGGGUUCAGACAGCGGCGCGGAUGGGGAUAGCUCUGCAGAGUCCGUUCCGCCGAGGAAGAGGAGGAAGAAGGCCUCUAGAGCUUGA